CUUACUCCGUUCUUCCAUCCCUUCUUCUUCUCCGUGCUUCUCCCUCAUAUAUUCCACCGAUCCAGAUCUGGUCCAACCAAACAUUUAUAAAAAAGCAGAGGAGAUUCGAAUCGAAACGCGUCACAAUGGCGGUGGUAUCGCCUCUGGCCAAGUAUAAGCUCGUUUUUCUCGGCGAUCAAUCGGUCGGCAAAACCAGCAUCAUCACUCGCUUCAUGUACGACAAGUUCGACACCACCUAUCAGGCUACAAUUGGUAUUGAUUUUUUAUCAAAGACAAUGUAUCUGGAAGAUCGGACAGUUCGCCUACAACUCUGGGAUACUGCUGGCCAAGAGAGGUUUAGAAGUCUUAUUCCGAGCUACAUUAGAGAUUCUUCUGUUGCAGUGAUAGUAUAUGAUGUGGCAAACCGCCAAUCAUUUUUGAACACAUCAAAGUGGAUUGAGGAGGUACGCACCGAAAGAGGUAGUGAUGUCAUUAUUGUUCUUGUUGGAAACAAAACCGAUCUUGUUGACAAAAGGCAAGUUUCUAUAGAGGAAGGAGAUGCCAGGGCUCGGGAGUUUGGUGUCAUGUUUAUAGAAACCAGUGCUAAGGCGGGAUUUAAUAUCAAGCCUUUGUUCCGCAAGAUUGCGGCUGCAUUGCCCGGGAUGGAGACCCUUUCAAGUGCAAAACCAGAUGACAUGGUUGAUGUGAACUUGAAGCCGCCCUCAAAUACCUCUUCUGCAGACCAACAAGGUGGAGGUUGCGCGUGCUAAUGUUGUUUAUAGUUACAUGGAACAAGACGAGGAAGAAAAAAACAAUUUGGAAAUGCAAACCAAAAAAAAGAAGCAAAUGCCCAACUGCAUGAUCCAGGUAUCGAUGUGUUCUGGAACAAAGUUUGAAUGCCUCUAUACUGUGCCGAGUUUAACUUUAAUGUGGUUGCUACUAUGAAUCUAUGAAACAUGAAGUUCAUAUUUUAAUUUUCCCGAGUGAAAUUUAGUAAUUUUAGCGAGCUUGUAGUUUGGUACAGAUCAAUUGCUUUGUACGACCAUACACUGCAAUUCUCCAAACUACAAAAGUUUUUUAUUCUCCCAAAUAUAGAAGUUCAAUCAAGAUUCAUUAACAUG